CACACAACUCGCUCCUGCUGUUGCUUCGUUGUGGGCGAAUAAAGACAGCGAACAACGCACACAUACGCAUACACUGCACGGAGGCACAGAGAUCCAGAGGCACAGAGGUCCAGAGGAGUAGCAUCCACGAUAAAGGAGGAAGCACGAUAGCGCAGGGGUAGGGGACAACGAUCAUGAGAGCGUGGAGCACACGCGGCGCUUGUGUUGCCGCUGUGCUUGUCACCGUGGUUGCGCUUGCAUCCGUGGUUGAGCUGGGACAUGGUGCCAUCGUCGAGUUUGGCGACGAUGGCAGGUCCUGGCAUCAACACACGGAAGCGCUCUUCAAGACCAACAAGAAACGCCCCUUCAUCGACUUUGCAGUUGAGUGUGUUGGCGACUUCUCCUACAUGGUGACGGCGUCAUCGUUUGCACCAUACUACGAGAUCCCAACGGAGAGACCUGGCGUCACCAACAUUACCAACGCCUGCGUCGUCCCUGAGGGACUCGAAUGCUCAGCCUCUCCCCUGACCACAACCGCCCCCGUCACAACGACUGCCAACGCCACUGUCAACGCCACCACAACCCCGAAACAGGGAGGCGGUAGCCGCCGCUCCCUGCAGGGCGUGGGUGUGCAUCCACGUGUCGUACGUGGUGACAAGACCACGGCUGCACCGACAACAGCGGCAAAGGCAGGCAGUGACGACGAUGACGAUGAUGACACACAGCGCCUCGUGUGCGACCGCUCCAGCGGUCUUCGCAUCCUUGAGAGUCAGAUCAAGCUGCAGUCUGGCUGCCGCACGUGCGGGUCUGUUGUCACGGUGCCCACGGGCCACUUUGCCUUUGACGGCUACUACACGCUGUGGAUUGAGUCCGUCCCAGAGUCAUCAGGCGGCAACAUCACACACACCGGCGCCCCCAUCUCUGGCACGUCCACGUUCAAGAAUGUGGACGGGUACCUUCCGUCUGACCUUGUGCCGCUGCUGCCGCUGUACGCGGGUCUCGGCUUCAGUUACGGCGGCCUCGCUCUCUUCUGGGCCGUCAUGCUCGCCUGCUACUACAAGGAUCUGCUCUACAUCCAGUUUUGGAUGGGCGCCGUCAUCUUCUUUGGAAUGAUUGAGAUGUCUGUCCGCUACGCCGACUACGACCACUUCCAGAACAAGGGCACACGCUCAACCGGUCUCAUGGCGUUUGCUGUUCUUCUCUCGGCGGCGAAGCAGACGCUGUUCCGCCUGCUCCUCCUCAUCAUCAGCAUGGGUUACGGCAUUGUCAAACCGCGUCUGGGCGGGGCUGUGAAGUACAUCACUGUCAUUGGCGGCGCUUACUUCUUCUUCCACGCCGCGUAUUUUAUCGCGUCGGAACUGGCAAAGACCUCUGACGCGAGCGACCAGGUGCAGAAUGUGAUGGCAAUUCCGCUCGCCGUCCUGGAGACGGGAUUUCUCUGGUGGAUUUUCCUCGCCCUCUCAAACACAAUCAAAAUCCUCAUGCUCAGGAACAACGCGACAAAGCUGCUGCUUUACUCGCGAUUUCGCAUUGCGCUUGGCAUUGGCGUUGUUGCCGGCAUCAUCUACGUUCUCUGGCUCUCGUUCGACGACACGACCGACUGGCGCACCGCCUGGUACCACGAGGGCUACCUGCACUUCCUGUUCUUCGGCCUGCUCGUUGUGAUUCUGUACCUGUGGCGGCCGACGCUCAACAACCAGCGCUAUGCGUACUCCCUCGACGCAGACAACGCAGACGACGAUUACGAGGUUGUGCCCAACUUCCAGUCUGACGCAAUGAAGCAGCGCAACGUUUCCAACCGCCACCAGUCCCAACACCAGCUCCCGCUCUUGCCCGAGGAGGAUGAGGAUCUGAAGUGGGUUGAGGAGAACAUCCCAAGCACGAUGGUCAGCGACACGACAUUCCCCAGCUUUCCCCUCGACUCCGAUGAGGAGCUGAUGCACACGCGAUUUGAACUGUCCAAGAUGGACUGAUGACGCGAUAACAGCGCGAAGGACUUGUGUUUUUGCUGCGACUGGACUGGAGGCGCUGGUGUUGGUGUUUGUUCAUGUGUUGUGGUUUUGUUGUUGUGCAGUGGUUUCGUAUUGCCUUGUGUUGUGUUUGAAUCUCACGCGUACGUGGUGUCUUCCCUUUAGCUGUGAGCGUGAAUGGUUGCGGAUGAAUUACACUGGAACUCUCCAAAUCACUUCACCUACCACGCCACACACACACACAUACACAUACACACACAUGUGGG